AAAGCACUUCUGAGUUACUUUAAAGAGUCACUAUGACUCACCUUCACAAGCAUAACCUGCACUAACUGCUAAAAGCUGGGAUCUCACGAGCUGUGAGAUUGCUUCCUUCUCCGUGACCUAAAAAAAAAAAAAAAAGUUUCUUGUGUUCUCAGGAAACAGAGAGGAAAAAAAUCAUUCCAAAUGAUGGCAGAACACGGAGACCCCUGUGAUGAGAAGGAAGCCACCUAUUGCAUGAAUGGAGGGAAAUGCUACAAAAUACCUUCUAUGAAUGCACUCUCCUGUGUGUGCAAUGACGAUUACAAAGGCAGCAGAUGUGAACAGUUCCAGCUCCAGAGCAAGUUCACCAAUGCAGGGGAGGCAGGGUUAAUUGCAGCCGUGGUCCUCGUUGCCCUCCUCAUCUUAAUAGUGCUGGGGGUUGUUAUCUACUACACACGCAAGAUGCUGAAAGCCAAGCAACAGAGCCAACAGAACAAUCAGCAACAGUACUGGAGAGUAAAACCAGGAGUAUAACCUCUCUUUUGGUGCAUAUUUUGUUUUGUUCUCUUUUGGCUGUAUGUCGGACGGGAUGAUGGAAUUAUUGUAUGAUAACACUAUGAAAGACAAAUAGACGGAGGAAAACUGCAGCGCUGAAAGUCAAGGCAGGUGAAGAGCUGAGAGCUGAUUAAUCGUCUCAUUUCUGGAUUCCAUGCAGUUUGCUACAGAAAGGUGUAAUUCAUUAACACACACACACACACACACACACACACACACACAACCAAAGUGUGAAACAAGUGUGAGUGGGUGGGAAUUGAAUCACACCUUGCACAGUAGCCUUUUUAACACAGCUAAGAAGUUGGCACUGGUGUUACUCAUGUUAAAAAUCACAUUUCAAUCUAUGUGCUUUUUCUGGAAUGUUAUUUACAAAGCACAGUGUGACUAUGUAAAAACUAUUUUGUGAAAUGUUAUUCUAAUUAUUGAGCUUAUAAUGAAGAACUCUGAUACAACCCCUUGUAUUAAUUAAUGAAUAUGAUCAUUAUGCUAUUAGUAAAUAUUUUGUAAUUGUGUAAAUAUAUGCAAUGAUCCCCAAU